AAGGAAGCAUUUUGAAAAAUGACUUUCUUCCAAUGGAAAUAAUUUCAACUUUUUUCAUUUUUAUGUGGUAGCCAGCUAUUUUUGAGAAAUAUAUCCAAUCUGUUUGGUCUUAUUAAUGUAGUAAUUAAAAAGUGUACAUGCAGGUUAUGCUGUAAUAGCGUCCCUACCAAUGUUGAGACCAAAUCUACGCCCUUGGUUUAAUCGAAAUAUUUCUGUCAAUAUUUGCAUAAUUUUCUACCUGCUCUAUAUGUGCCGGUUCAUAUUUUGACUUAAAAAAUACGCACACAUAUACUAUAAAUAUUUCCGCAGUAUUAUCUAUAUCCGUAUUUUAGAAAAUUGACAUGAAUAACAGAAAACCAACCACAAGAAACAUUCUAGACAACUUUUUUUUUGCUUUCCUAUCGUGCUAAAAUCCUGAAGACAACUUUUUAUUCCCAAAGUUCCAUAAUGGUUGCCCCAAGGUAGUGAGAGAGAGAGAGCCAGGGAGGGAGAGAAGAAGGAAGGAGGGGUUAGCUCUCCUCUCGGUGUCUCUCUGUCAGUCACUGGGUCACACACUUUCUCUUCACGUCCACAUCCAGCCGGACGGGGAAGGAAGGAAUAACUUUUUCUUUUCUUUUUCCCCCUGCACGACAAGACCGGGACCCAACUUCCUACUUUCCCUAACUUCCUCCACACUUUCUUCCGCCUUCCCGGCCACUGUGGACUCCCCCGUCCACUGUCCUCCCCCUGCAUCCUAAGUGCGCAAUGGUAACUUUACGCGCGGGAUAGGACGUCUUUGACUUUUUGUGAUUCAAAGUUGCAGCACGAGUUUCUUCGCAGCGCGUGCAGGUGAUGUUCAGGAAUUUUCAAGUCAUACACAAGUGAGAAGAGGGCGUGUCGGAGUGGUUCAAGUCCGUUAAUUAUAAUGAUGUCUUCCAUACGAGCAUCACCUCCUUUUCACACGCCGCCUGAGGAAGAGGAGGCGCUCGGCCGCAGCAACAACAACACGGUCUGGCUCAAUGACCACGGGGCCAAGGAGACGCCGUCGCCCUCCCCGCCCCAGCGGCCGCACCCAGCCGAACUGCAGCCAAUCAGAGGGAAGCAAAUGGAUGGCGACUUGUGGGACAACGUUGAGUCGGCUGUGAUGGACACAGAGAGCACAAAUAAGGGCUCCUCUGUCGUCUACUCUUACCGUGCCAAUUCAUCCUCACCACCAAAGCCUGAGGAGUGUUCCCGAGAUCGUGGGGAGCAGACAGUGACGGGCGCGGGCCUAGCCUUGGGCACGCCGGAACGCCGCAAGGGAAGCCUGGCGGAUGUGGUGGACACGCUGAAGCAAAAGAAGCUGGUGGAGAUGACCAAGACGGAACAAGACGAGUCGACGUGCAUGGGGAGUCUUCUUUCCAAGGACUGGAAGGAGCACGUAGAGCGUCUCAAUGCCACCGAUUUGCUGGGUGAUGUCAAAGGGACGGCCGAGUCCCUAGAGGAGAAAGAGCACCAACUGUCAUCCAUGAUCAGCCAGCUGAUCAGCUUGAGGGAGCAGCUCCUCUGCGCCCAUGACGAGCAGAAGAAGAUGGCCGCAUCCCAGCUGGAAAAGCAGCGACAGCAGAUGGAGCUUGCUCGUCAACAGCAAGAUCAGAUUGCCAGACAGCAGCAACAGCUCCUGCAGCAACAACACAAGAUCAACGUUCUCCAACAGCAGAUUCAGGUCCAAGGUCACAUGCCCCCCCUCAUGAUCCCUGUGUUCCCUCACGACCAGAGGUCUUUGGCAGCUGCCGCAGCCGCCGCACAGCAAAGCUUCCUCUUUCCACCGGGCAUGUCCUACAAGCCAGGUGACAACUACCCCAUGCAGUUCAUUCCUUCGACAAUGGCGGCAGCAGCGGCAGCGGGCCUCAGUCCGCUUCAGCUACAGCAGCUGUAUGCUGCACAGCUAGCGAGUAUGCAGAUCUCGCCGGGAGCCAAAAUGGCACCCGUCCCGCCGGGGGGACCCAACACGUCCAGUCCAUUGUCGCCCACCGCCCUCAAGAGCGAGAAACGAGCGUCCAGUCCCCUUUUGCAGGUCAAGCUGGAGGAAGGCUCCACGCAGCCGCUCAACCUAUCAGCCCGACCCAAGACCUCGCCGACGUCGCCAACUCCGCAAACGCUAUUUUUAGGGAACAAGGGCAGCCCCACCGGUACUACCAAAGCCCGCAUCCCCAGUCCAGUCUCUGCCAUGGGCCGCAAUGCCUCUUUGGACAUCCUCUCCAGCCUGAACUCUACAGCACUGUUUGGAGAUCAGGACGCUGUAAUGAAGGCCAUCCAGGAGGCCAGAAGUAUGAGAGAGCAGAUCCAGAGGGAGCAGUUCCACCACCAGCAGGCACCUGCUCCUCCUCCACCUCCACCACCACCUAAUCAUCACCCUCAUCAUCAUGCAGCCCCUCCUGGACAUCAAAGCUUGGAGGCCAAGCUGUCAGCAUUGAGCAGUAUGAGUCUUAACAACGGCAACAAGGAGCGUCUGCACUAUGAAACACUGAGCCACCACCUGGGCAAACUUGGCGAGGAUGCUGGAAAGAUGGUCCAUCGAGUCAUCGAUCUGACCAGACCAGAAGAUCUGGACGGAAGCAACAUGUCAGAAGCUCGCGUGUUCCGGGAGGCGCGUGGUAGGAGCAACAACGAGCCGCACAUCAAAAGGCCCAUGAACGCUUUCAUGGUUUGGGCCAAGGAUGAGCGCAGGAAGAUCUUGCAGACCUUUCCGGACAUGCACAACUCCAACAUCAGCAAGAUCCUGGGUUCCCGCUGGAAGGCGAUGAGCAACCAGGAGAAGCAGCCAUACUACGAGGAACAAGCGCGCCUCAGCAAAAUCCACCUGGAGAAAUAUCCCAACUACAAGUACAAGCCGCGACCCAAGAGGACGUGCAUCAUUGACGGCAAGAAGCUACGCAUCGGCGAGUACAAACAGAUGAUGCGGUCGCGGCGUCAGGAGAUGAGACAGUUUUUUGUGGGGCCUCAGGCUCCCCUUCCCUUGGGCAGUACCGCAGGUGGCAUGGGUGUCUACCCAGGCUCCAUUACCAUGGCGACUGCCACAACCCCCUCACCUCACUUGACCUCUGACUGCUCAAGCAACUCGGCCAGCCCCGAGCCAGCCGUGCCAGUCAUCCAAAGCGCGUACGACGCCGUCAAGGACGUACCUGCCCUGGACAUGGGCAGACACCCCGCUAACGGCGACGAAGACACGGACAUGUACGACGACUACGAAGACGAGCCCAAGUCGGAUUACAGCAGCGAGCACGAGACGCAGCAGGACAUCAGCGCCGACUGAACGCGCUCACAAAAUACAUUCUAACAACUUUUUGGAGGACAACCUUACCGACAAUGGGCUGGAAAAUGCGACAAUCCCAGUGUCAUGUGACUGCGUUGUUGUUGUGUUUUUUGUUUUUUUUGCAACCAAUUUGCAUGGACUCUUCAGCAGCUAUUUGGUCUUAAGUGUUUAAAAAGGAGUGAGCAGUUGGAUUCAUUUUUCAACUUAAGUUUUUGAUGAUCUUGAUGUUUUUAUGACUUUUUGUGUUUUAUUUUGGUUUUAUUUUUGCUGGACGGGCCGCUUGCUCGCUGCCUGUACAUAAACUCUGGACUGGCACAACUUGAAAUUUCGAUUUGAAAGUUUUAAUAUAAAAAACAAAACAAAAAAACACAUAAAAAAAUCUUAGCUCUUGUAAUCUUAUAGUCUUACAUUCAUGUCUCAAACAAACACAGCACAUCAAAUUUAUUAUUAUUACAUGAUAUGAAUGACAUAAGAAUAUACAGUAUACAUACAUCCCAUCUCAGGUAUAAUGUGCCAGAUUGUGAAUGUGUUUUGUUUUGUACGAUGAUAGAGAUGUAAAGUGUUUUAACUGUCAGACAACCGCAGGGAGCAAAUCCCAUGACACAAUAUUACUUUCUAAUGUUAUUGCUACAGAUUUUACACAAAAUGUGCCAAAACUUAUUUUCACAUUCACUCAGAAUGGUGUAGUCUUAAUUUCCACAAAUGCUGCAAAAAACAAACAAAAAAAAGUCUUACACACCAAUCUCAUGAACCACAUUGCCCAGAAUUCCUAGAGCUUGAACGCUAUUUUGUUAUCUCUUACAACACUUAAAAUUCAUUUAGCAUGAUGGCGUUACUGUAGGAUGAGAGAAUUUCUCAUCACUGUAUUUCUUAUUGUGUUUCCAUAGGUACGAAAUGUUUGUUAUUCUGGCUGGUGGUGGCUGUAAUUUUUUUCAGCCUAGGGGAGGUCACUUGUUGGAAGAAAAAAAACAAACAACAACAAAAAAAAAAGAAUGUCAGUUCUCAUAUGUUAUUGUUUUUCCACUUGGCAUAUAUCGCUUAAGGUAAUUUAUUAAGGAAAACAUUUGAGGAAAAAGAGGUGUACUCGAUUUUUGUUCUAUGCUGUGAUUAAAAACACUUUGAAGCAGAUAAUUUUUUAAUGUUAAAAGAAAUGUCAGUCUUUACUGUAAAGCCAUUCUAGCCAAUCAAAAGCAUAAAUUAAUGCAAAAAAAAUAAUAAUAAUCAUUUUUUUAAAAAAGUAAAAUAAAAUGUCAAUAUCAAAGAUUUCCCACGCCAGUGCUCAAAAUAAUACAUCCAUUCCGUUAGAAAUUAAAAUAGAAUAAUAAAACAGACAAACAAAAAACAGCUCUAAUGUUUAAUUAAAAAAAAUUCUCCAUGUAACGGUUUGGAAAUUUUAAACAGUCUGAAUUUAGAAGUCAUUUCCAGGAAAUACACAAUGAUGAUAUUCGUCAAGAGUGAAAUUAAAGUAAACCAAAUUCAGUGUGCGCACUGGUACACAAAAAUCCAAACAUUUCUCAUUAUAGUGUCCAGACUUUUUUAAGCACUCUUUUCAAGUACAUAAUAUUACUGUAAGGUCAUUUUAACCAAUCAGACACGAAGAAAUCCAGAGAAGAAAAGUGGAAUUAACAUAAAUUUUAAUUCUUAACAAGGGUGUUUUUUUUUUUUUUUUUUUGGUCAUCAUUUGGGAAAUGUCAAAGUUGAUGAAUCAUUUAGCAGCCGAAAGCUAAAAUUUCCAUCCUAAAAUAGAACAUCACAUUUACAAAAAUAUCAGUAUAUGACAGUAGCAUAAUCUGAUUAAAGCACCCCAAUUUGAGCACUUUCCCCCCCUCAUCUGGUGUGACACUCAUUUUAUUUGUUUUUUCCUGAGAUUUUGAACUUUUUUCCACUUUCUACACUCGUUACCUCUGUUUUUUUAGAUUAAUAUUAUUAUUAUUUAUAAUGGCUUCACAAUCUGAAUCUGUGCAUCCCUCGCAAGACAGGUCAACUCCUGUUCGCCUAACACAUCCUAAGCACUGGAUAGAGCUUCUUACAUUUUAUUUUCUAUUACUGACUGAGGUGACAAUGUUUUUGGUCCCAUGUCGUAGUCUUUGGCCAGCAGUUUUUUUGUCUUUUAUGAGGCCUCUCUGUUAACCAUCAAGACACACACCUUUUCUUUUAUCCUUGUGAUGACUAUUUUUUUUCUUGUGUUUAAAAUUUUGCGUUUUAACAUUUCAUUGUAUUUAUUAGCCAGCUGUGGCUCUAAAAAAAUGUCACUACACAUCAUACUGGUGAGAAAGACAAUCAAAGAUAAAAAAAAAUAAUAAUAAAAACUGCAGACUUGAGCGAUAUCUGUUUUUUUUUUAUAUGGUGUGAGAGUAUGCAGAGAUUUCAACAAUCUUGUUUAACAGGGACACUGGUCACUAUGGUGGACAGCUUUUCCACUGUGACACGAGUCAUAAUUUUUGUUAAUUUAGAAAAAGCUUAAAUUUGAGCAAUUACUGUAUUAUUAUUACAUUACUGUAUUUUUAUGGAAUUUAUCAAUAAUAAAUACAAUUUAUAAAUUAAGACAAUGUCAAUAA